AUGGAACCACAAGUGGUAAAGUUUGAAGCAAGUGACAUCAAUGCAAUAGCAAACAAAUUAAAAGGCCUACAACCUGAUAGUAGCUUAGCAGCAUUCAGUAAAAUGUCAGACAUGAUCCAAAAAGCUACCGGUAUGCUUCCAGAAAAAAUAAUUCCUUCCUUACAGCAAUUGGCUCAAUCUUAUUCAAAAACAACGAUGCAGAUUAAAGUUAGUUUUGCUGAUACAACUGCUUUAUUAUCAAAAUUUGUAGUAAAAGGUUACCGUGUUAUGAAACGUGGUAUGAAUAAUGAAGAUACGCAAGUUUUAAAGGCUUUCAGUGAUCAAUUAAGCAUGAGCAUGAUCAACCAAUUAAAUGAAUUCGUUGAAAUAUCACGCACUGAAUUGGUUGCAAUUCAUACACAGUUAUUAAAUUACUCACUUGGUGAUAGAGCUGUAAAUUUGAUAAAAGAAAAGGAAAAUAUAGAAGUUAAGUUAUUAGAACAAUCAAAAGAAUUAGUAAAGAUAUCUUCUGAACGUGGUGCAAAUCAAGGCAUGAUCGAAGCACUUGAAUAUCAAAAGAAACUGUUUGAGAAAGCCAUUGAAGAUUCUGAGGCAGCAAAAGAAGAAGCAAAGAAAGAAGUAAAAGCUUUAAAAGGUCAAAUACGUGAAUAUGAAAACGAGGUACAAGAACGUCGUAAUACUGUUGAGGAAGAAAGAGGAUCUUUUUGGAUAUUUUCAUGGAAAAUACGUGAUAUUCAUCACAACAAUGGUGAACAAAUUGCUAGGGAAAAUCUGGAAAGAUUAUUAAAACGAAUUCGCGAUUUGGAUGCAUUAAUAGCAAAUUGGCCGAAUAUGGAUGCAGUUAAACGUAUGACAGACACAGUAAAAGAAUUGGGAACUUAUACAGGAAAGAAACAUCCAUUAGACCUUAAGUAUAAAGGAAGUGAACAAUCUUAUAAUGAAACUACAGAAGAAUUUGAUCGUGUCAUUAAAGAAAUUGAGAAAAUCUAUCAAUUAGUUGGCACUGCCCAAAUUAAAAGUUUAACAUUAAUUGAUGAAUUAUCUCGUGCUGUUCUAAGUGGGCAUGAUUCUAUUGUAUCGACUUAUGCAAAAAUACGUACUAAUUUAAAAGCACUUGAUGCUGAUGGAGAUCUUUUGGUUAGUUCUAUAGUAGAUGCUUUACAAUUCAUGAACAUGAUGGAUACAUAUAUGGGUACUACAAAAAUUAACGAUAUGAAACAAAUGUUAGCAACAAAAUAA